CCGGGCGCCGAGGCUCCUGCGCGCGGCACAUGGGGCGCCUGACGGAGGCGGCGGCGGCAGCGGGCGGCGGCGCUUCAGCGGCGCGCUCGGCUCGGCCCCCUCCCGCUCCCUUGCCCCUCUCGUCCACGUCCCCCGGCUGCGCGGCCACCAUGGCGUCCAGCGAGGAAGACGGCACCAACGGCGGCGCCUCGGAGGCCGGCGAUGAGAGGGAGGCCGCGGGCAAGAGGAGGCGCCGGGGCUUGCUGGCCACCGCUUGGCUCACCUUCUACAACAUCGCCAUGACCGCGGGGUGGCUGGUACUCGCUAUUGCCAUGGUACGUUUUUAUAUGGAAAAAGGAACACACAAAGGUUUAUAUAAAAGUAUUCAGAAGACACUUAAAUUUUUCCAGACAUUUGCCUUGCUUGAGAUAGUCCACUGUUUAAUUGGAAUUGUGCCUACUUCUGUGCUUGUGGCUGGGGUCCAAGUGAGUUCAAGAAUCUUUAUGGUGUGGCUCGUUACUCACAGUAUAAAACCAAUCCAGAAUGAGGAGAGUGUGGUGCUUUUUCUGGUCGCGUGGACGGUGACAGAGAUCACUCGCUAUUCCUUCUACACAUUCAGUCUUCUCGACCACUUGCCAUACUUCGUUAAAUGGGCCAGAUACAAUUUUUUUAUCAUCUUAUAUCCUGUUGGAGUUGCUGGUGAACUUCUUACAAUAUACACUGCCUUACCAUAUGUGAGGAAAACAGGAAUGUUCUCAAUAAGACUUCCCAAUAAAUACAAUGUCUCUUUUGACUACUAUUAUUUUCUUCUUAUAACCAUGGCCUCGUAUAUACCAUUGUUUCCACAACUCUACUUUCAUAUGUUACGUCAGAGAAGAAAGGUGCUUCACGGAGAGGUGAUUGUCGAAAAGGAUGAUUAAAUGAUCCCUACAAGGUGCCUUUUCCAGAAUAACCAGGAUUACUUGAGUCCAAGUUUUAAUAAUAAGAAUAAACAGCUUCAUGAAAU